CUUGUUCAGGCUGGUUAGCAUGAUCCUUGUGUUUUUUGGACAAGGGGGUGCAUGGGUGAAACAUGGCCGCCGUAGACCCAUCGGAGUCUCCAAAACGACAGAAAUCCCCUACGGAGGAGGUGGAAACAUCUGGAGAGAAGACCGAGGCGGUGGAGUCGGGAUGCAGCUUAAAGCAGAAAGACGAAUCAACACCUAAUAAAACCGAGGAGAGUCCCGACGAUGAGCAGAGAGCCAGUGUUGGCAACGACGGCGGUUGUGUUGCCAGCCAUUCCGAGGUUAGUGUCGAGUCCGGUGCUGGAGCAGACAAAACGACAUGCAAUUCACCGGAGGACAUAACAUCGGCUGAAAAAAUGACCGAGACUCCUGGCAGCGACCAGCGGGCUUUCGACUGGUCCGAAACUGAAGACGACGAUGAAGAGGCGAAAACACACAAGGAGGAAAAUAAUAAGUGUGACCACCAUAAUGUUACAAAGAGUGCUGAAGAGGUGCAUCAGGAUACACAUGUUGAUGAUAACAUUAGAGCUGAUGCAGAGGAGAUUCAUGAGGAGGAAAACUCACAUUCAGAUGAGAAGGAGCCGUUGGGAGAAGUCGACGGAAUAGAGGACAUGGUUGAAAAUGAUGAAGAUGCAGACCGAGUGGAGGACGCUGAUUCGAUGGCUAAGCCAAAAAAGUGCCGUUUGGUGUGCAAGGAGUGCGGGAAGACGUUCAACCGGCGCGAGACAUUCAACCUUCACCGCCACUUUCACGCACACGAGGAUGAGCUCACGCCCCUCACCUGUAAAGAAUGCGGCCUUACCUUUCAGCACCGCAGCAGCCUCAUCAAACACAGAAAUGAACAUAAAGAGAAGGAGGAGCAACUUGUUACUCCAAAGAAGGAGAUGCAAACAAAGGAGGAGGGUAGUUUUGAAUGUGCGGAAUGCGAGAGGAUCUUCUCUACGGUGGAUAAGCUGAGGGACCACAACUGCUGCAAUACAGUAGAAAAGCCUUACCACUGCCCCCUGUGCCGCCAAGAGUUCCAGUUCAAGGUGUCUGUCACUAAGCACAUGAUGACCCAUUCCAAGGAGAGCAUCUUUACAUGCCAAGAGUGCAGUCAAAUUUUCCCAAACACCAUGGCCCUGCGCUACCACCAGCGAUGUCACACCGCCCUGAAACCCUAUGAAUGCCCAGAGUGCGGCAUGGUUUUCAAACACUACUCUGUCAUGGAAGACCACCGUCGCAAGCACACAGACAACAUGCGCUCUCACCUGUGCAACAUCUGUGGUAAGACCUUCAAGUAUAGCAGCCUCCUCCAUCAGCAUCAGUAUCUGCACACAGGCCAGAAACCCUUCCGCUGCCCUGAAUGUGGUAAAAAAUUUGCCUUUGCCCAGAACAUGAAGGCACACUGCCGCCAGCAUAGACUGCGUGAAACCAACUCUUCUGCUGAGCAGCCCAGCAAGCAAGCCCCUGUGACCAUACAGGAGGCAGGUAGAGGGCCGGGAAAAGAGAACGCGCACCAGACCGAGGAACCGAAACGCACAUUCAACUGCCCCCUUUGUCCCCAGACCUACUGGGCACCAGCUAACCUGAGAGCCCACAUGCUUAUUCAUGAGGCCGAGUAUGAGAAGCUGGAGAGAACCCCCAGACCCCCAAGUGAGAUAAACAAGUACUGGGAAAAAGGACACACCUGUCCCCACUGCCCAUGUGUUUAUCGUGAUGAGUCCAGUUUAAAUGUACAUAUGUUAAGUGUCCACAAGUCUGUAGCACAAUAUUUAGAAAAGGUGGCAGCAACACCUAAAAAAGAAUUUACUCCAUUACGCAGUGAUAAUGUGCAGGGGAAAUGGAGAAGCGAUGGCAUCAGUAUUAAGUCGUACAAAUGUUCUGAGUGUGGAAAAACUUUCCGCCACCGCUCAGUGUUAGAGCUGCAUAUGCGCAUACAUUCCAAGGACAAGCCUUACCAGUGCAAAGUGUGUGGCAAGGGCUUUAGAUUCAGUAGCUACUUACAGCAACAUCUCAUCAUCCAUACAGGCAAGAAGCCAUACAAGUGUCCCGACUGCGGGAAAGACUUUGCCUUCCUGCAGAACAUGAAAACACAUCAAAAGCUGCAUCAGGAAAAACCGUUCCGCUGCACCAGCUGCCGCAAAGGCUACAGUGAUGAGACCCAACUGCAGCACCAUAUGUUGUCACACAAUGGUGACAAACCUCAUAAGUGUGACCUGUGUGACAAGAGCUUUGGUUUAGCCUAUCUGCUCCGUGAUCACAUGAACACACACACAGGAGAGAGACCUCAUCGCUGCGAUGAGUGCCACAAAACCUUUUCCUGGUUUAGCAGCCUGCUAGUACACCAGAAGAUCCAUGCUCGAAAACGCCAGGGUUUCAGCCAGUAUAAUUCUUUCCCAAUGGGUGCUAGGAUGAGAGGCAGGGGUAGCAGGGGGAGGAGAGGAGGGAGACUCAUGUGGGGCUGGUCUAGACCAUUAGGAGGCUCAGGGAUGGUUAGCUCUCAGCCCUCUCCGUAUCCAGUUUCUGCGCUGAGAGAUGCAGAGUUGCACAGAAGGGCAAUCCAGCCACAGUCUUCCACGCUCUCAUCUCGCAUGGAUUUACAAGGCAGACAGCAGAAGGAGCCGUGGCUAGCUGAGCUACACCCUCAACCGGUGCAGUGGAAGGUGGACGGUGGAGAGGUAAUGCCUGUCCCAUCGUCACAGCAGCAACAUGCACUUCCACUGCAGACACGGUAUGACAGCCUACCACAGCCAGUCCUACAGCAGCACCAUCAGAGAAGUCCAGGCUGGGCAGAUAGCCCUUCGAUAACUCAGUCAGGCCCCACAUCUGCUCAGAGUUCAGAGUCAUCACACAUGAAAGAGAGUGCCGCUUCUAUUGUCAGCUCCCUCCUGGCAGCUGUGCCAAAAAAAUCCAGCCCAUCAGUAGUGAGUGAGAUGGAGCAGCACAGGCAGCCCAAGCCUGUUACUUGGAGUAACACACCCACAUCCACGGUGCUAGCUUCCACAAGCUCUUUGCAACAUGAUUUUUCUGUUCCGUCCUACAUAGAUGGGGCAGCUCUGUGGAGUGUCAGACCUGCUCUACCAGCAAAUUCACGGGGCUCUCCAAAUAAGCUCGGUCAAGAGCUUCAGGUGCCAAGAUGGCCAGGUUCCCCAGUGUCAACACAAAAGGAGCCACCCACACCUCCUAAAAAAGAGGACAGUAGAGUGUGGGACAUGAGUAAUCCUCAAGUAAUACCGUCGACUGUUAGCCAGCCAGAGAAGCCAUGGAAUGGCUGUGAGCUGCAAAAGCAGUGGGCUUCAGGCUUAGCAGGUGCAUCCACCUCAGCUCAAAUAGACCAAAGCAGUGCUAUGCCAGUUUCAACUCCUGUUUCCCACGGGGUAGGUAGCACCUUGUGGGACAUACAAACGCCGCCAGGAAUUCCAAAGACUAUAAACUAUAACUCCCCUGAUAAAUUAGUAAAUAAUCAAGAUUUUCAAAAGCAGGUGUCAUCUGGCUGGGCCAAUGUACAGAGUCAGACAGCGACACAGAAGGUUCCCAUCUCCAUUCAAUACGAGCCUCAUCGUUUUGGGCAGGGGUUGGGAACGCCAGUAUGGGGCUUCCAAAGUAAUCCCGUUGGUCCUCAAACGCUGCUCACUGGGCAACUCAAACCAGGGAAUGGACAGGAGCUGCAGCAACAACCAAUGGUAACGGGCACUCAGAUAAUCAUAAAUCAGCCUUCUCCUUUUUUCUCGCCUCCACUUGCUCCGCUCCCUCCUCUUGCUUUGCCAGGCCCUCACCCUCUUCACUCUGUCGCAGUUGGUGCACUUCCAAGAGCUCCACACCCAAAUAUUUUUUUCACACCACAGGCAGUCAUGAGCGAGAGGCCACACAUGCCACAGACCCUGCCCCUACCUCAGCUUGCCCCACGGACAGAACCUCACAAACUUGGACCCCGUUUGCCUUUUGCCCCAGAACGGCUUCUCCAGUGCAUGAUAUGCGGGUGCUCUCUUCCUCGGGAGCUGGAUCUACAAAUGCAUUACUUGCAACAUGCACAAGGAGAGAUUUGACAUUUCUACACUAGCAACAAGACUUAGUUACGUUUUUUUUUCCUUUUUUUUUUCUGUCGAACCUCAUUUAUUUGACCCUCAGUCGUGCAGUUUGACCAGUGAAGUGGAUGGGCAUUAGAAACAAAAAGAUAAAAGUGAAACUUGAUUUAGUCUGCACGUUUGAUUUGAAGUCUUUCAGCUCCAAAUUAGACUGCACAGUGUUGUUUGUAACAGAGGGUGUAUACAUGUGCCAUUACAUUACUUUCUCUUGUCUUUUUAAAUGCAUUUAGGUUAUCCAAAUACUUAACUGGUUUAAACAACUUCUGAAGGGUGCAGAUUAAUGAGGUUUUGCGGUCUACAUUUCAUUUAUUACCAAUGACAUUUAGAUUUAGAUAAUAUUAGUACUUUUAUAGUUCUGUUCAUAUGUCCUGAACCAUUUGAACUGUGUUUCUUCAUGUACAGUAUACUGUGUGCCUUUUAUGAGUACAGUCUGCAUGUCUGCUGUCUUGGUAUUCUAGGCCUAGUUUGUGCUUAAGGUAGACUCAACAAUGUGACCUCACUCCCAAAACACAGAGCAACUCUUUCUAAGAUACUAUAAAGAAAUGUAAGUUUUUGCUUUUGAGGAGGGUAGGGGCAGAUUGUUGGGCUCAUACAUUACAUGUGUCAGAACAUACAAUGGAAAGCUGACUACAUACAAUGUAACCCUGUUAGGAAGCACUUGUAUUCAGAGGGCCAUUGGCCAGGUCCAGAUAUCUCAUAAGUAAAGUUCUCAUCAUGAUAAUUUGGUCAAAGCAAAAGUAUCUAAACAACAUGUGAUGGUUACAUGUAAAGGUCAUUUCACAGUGAGUUUUCUGUAAAUUUAACUUGAGUGAUUAAAGGGAACUGGGAGAAAGUAGCGUCAUUACACAAUUAUUGAUGACACUGUUGUCAAAUAGUGAAUUUUGUAAUAAAUCAAACUUAGAUUUAUGUGAUGUUUUGUCAUUAAUAUUUUUUACAAUGGCAAGACAAACAUGAAAGUGAUGAUAUAAAAUGUAUGUUUUGCUCCAGUCGGUCCAGUGAACUUCAGCAGAUUUAUGGCAAUGUGUCAUGACUGAUAUACUUGAUAAUUAGAUUUUAAACUGAUUGUGGGUGGCAGUACUUAGCACCCACUGUAAACUUAUGAGUGCCAUGUAAUGUGUAUCUCUUAUCAGAAUGACUAUUUCAGAUUGGAAUUUCAGUCCACUUUUGAGUACACUUCAAUGUAAUUUAUUUUGUGAAUACUGAAUGAUUUCAUUCCUUAUCUGUAGAUUUAGUACAGAAUCCCAUCUCCUCUGUUAUGAUAAUGGGCAUUUGAGUAGCUUUGGUGGCCCAAUUAGUGACUGAAAAUCUUCAUACUACUGUAAAAUAAACACACAGCCUGUUUGUAAAAAAAAAAAAAAAAAAAAAAACUAAACUAAAAAAACUAAGAACCGUCCCUGUGCGUCUUAACAUUCAGCAUCUUAAUAUUCGAACAUGUGCCCUUCUACCUCUAUCCACUGUUUUAGCAUGGAAAGAAAUAGAAAUUUCCCAUGAUGUCUACAUAUUGGAUUGAAUAAAACUUGCCUUUGAUGAUAA